AUGAAGCACCAGUCUGCUGUCCAUAAAGUUGAGCAUGAGCUAAAGUCCCUUAAACGGCAACAGGAAGAUUCGAAACAUCACAAAAAAGAAAGCUCUACAAGACAUCGUCGACGACACACAUCGUCUUCGUCCAGUCGUUCCCGCUCCCCCAGCUCUCGUCGCAAGUCUGAAGAGCUUCGAGCUCUGCGCGAUUCUGUCCGUCAGUUAGAAGCGAUUGAGCAGCUUCUUAAUGAACCUCCACCGCCUUUGACAGACUACAUGGCAGAUUCCCCACAGCAACUACUCUUAGCAGCUUGGUCGGUCGUUGGACCUGAGGAGAUCCUGCGCCUUACUCCACAAAAUGUUAUUGAAACUUGUCGGAGAGAACGGCGACGCAAAAAGCGGGCUUCCACACCAACGGAAGUUUUCCUCCCACCCGAUUGUGUAGAAAAUGAUGAAGGACGGGCUCUCUGGAAACGAUGCUUGGCAGAACUUGAACAAGUACCCCCAGAGGAGAUCGGCGCCGUGCUUGAGGGCGAGUUGGAUCCUUUUCUGGUGUCGUGGAAACCCACCUGGCCCGAGAAAGUAUUUUCAGAGGCAGCGGCUCAAACUGAUGGCAUAGAUGAACAAUCGCCUCACCCAAGUACACCAGUGAUUGAACAUAAUACAACUGUAAGCAGUGCUCCUCUCCCACUAGAUUCCAAGGUUCAGGAUGAAGUCCUUGAGCUGGAAAUGCGCGCCAGGGCAAUUCGUGCACUUCUCUCCAAGCGAUCUAUUAAGUGA